GGCUUUUCAUCACACCAGUCACUUCUCGAAGCAAUCUCGUGCCGUGCAAAUGCAACAACCGUGGUGAGAGAAGACUGCGUACGUGUGUCUCGUUAAUUUUCUUUCCCUACGGGAUCAACCGACCAUCACAGAAAUUAGUAUACGCUUUGUCGGAUAUCUGGGAAUAAGGAGUGUUGAGUGUGUGUCAUAACGGGAAUCUGUGCAAGAACAGUGUCCGGAGAGUGCCGCCCUGCUGGAAGACCAAGAGUGAAGUGCGUGUGUGAACCCCGAAACUAGGAGAUUUUGCCCCCUCGAGAAAAGAAAUGAGUGCUGCACCAGCCGCUGCCGCCCCGGCCCCAGCGCCGGUCCUCAAGAGAGGAAUCGUCAAGCAGGUUCUGUCCGGAGAUUCGGUUAUCAUCCGUGGCCAACCGAAAGGAGGACCCCCACCGGAGAAGCAGAUCAACUUUUCCGGAGUGAUUGCCCCGAAGCUCGCCCGCCGACCAACUAACAAUUCCACGGAGAUUACCAAGGACGAACCGUACGCCUGGGAAGCCCGCGAGUACCUGCGUCAGCGACUGAUUGGCCAGGAAGUUUACUUCUACGCCGAACGCCCGCCGAAUGCCACCCGCGACUAUGGUUACGUGUGCCUCGGAAAGGACCCGGCCACCUCGGAGAACAUCGUCGAAUCGAUCGUGUCCGAGGGUCUGGUCAGUGUGCGCCGAGAAGGUGUCCGCCAAACGCCCGAGCUAACCCGCCUCUGUGAGCUGGAAGACGCCGCCAAGGCCGCCCGCAAGGGAAAAUGGAGCGAUUCACCCUCGUCCGACCACGUGCGGAACAUCACCUGGAACAUUGAGAACCCCAAGGCCUUCUUCGAUCAUCACGAUGGUAAGCCAAUCAAGGCCAUCAUCGAGCAUGUUCGGGAUGGAUCAACGGUGCGUGCUUUCCUCCUGCCUGAAUUCCAGCAUGUCACGCUGAUGAUGUCCGGCAUCCGGUGCCCCGGAUUCAAGUUGGAUCUCGACGGAAAACCGGACGCCACGGCCGAAGUGCCAUUUGCCGAGGAAGCUCGGUACUUUGUGGAAUCGCGACUGCUCCAACGGGAAGUUGAAAUCCGGUUGGAAUCGGUGAACAAUUCCAACUUUGUCGGAACAAUCAUCUUCCCCAAGGGCAACAUCGCCGAGGCCCUGCUCAAGGAAGGUUUCGCCAAGUGUGUCGAGUGGAGCAUGCCCUACGUUAAGGAAGGCGUUGAUCGUCUUCGUGCCGCCGAAAAGCACGCCAAGGCCAAUCGCCUCCGACUGUGGAAGGACUACCAGGCUCCCACCGCUGCGUACAACAGCAAAGACAAGGACUUCACCGGAAACGUGGUCGAGGUGUUCAACGGCGAUGCCAUCAUGGUCAAGAUUAGCAACACCGUGUCCAAGAAGGUAUUCCUGUCCAGCAUCAAGCCUCCACGUGAAGCCGCCCGUACUGCCGAUGAGGAGGGAAAUCUUCCACCACGCCCGAAGGGAUCCCGUCCUCUGUAUGAUGUUCCGUGGAUGUUCGAGGCCCGUGAGUUCCUGCGCAAGAAGCUGAUCGGCAAGAAGGUGCACUGCUCGCUGGACUACGUGACACCGGCCCGGGACAACUUCCCCGAGAAGUGCUGCUACACCGUGACGCUGUCCGGAGCCAACGUAGCGGAAGCCCUGGUAGCCAAGGGAUUGGCCACCGUGAUCAAGUACCGCCAGGACGAUGACCAACGCUCGGUGCACUACGAUGAACUGCGUUCCGCCGAAACGCAAGCCAUGAAGCAGUUGAAGGGCGUGCACGCCAAGGAUGACAUUCCCUCGCACCGCAUCAACGACCUGACGGUGGACCAUUCCCGCAUCAAGCACCAAUACCUACCCUCGUGGCAACGUGCCCUGCGCACCGAAGCCAUCGUCGAAUUCGUUGCCAGUGGCUCCCGCUUCCGAAUCUACUGUCCCAAGGAUAGCUGCCUGGUGACAUUCCUGCUGGCCGGUAUCUCCUGCCCCCGAUCAUCCCGACCUGCCCUGAGCGGAGUUCCGGCCCAGGAGGGAGAACCCUUCGGUGACGACGCCCUCCAGUUCAGCAAGGAACGAAUCCUUCAGCGGGACGUUAGCGUCAAGAUCGAAACAACCGACAAGGCGGCCACCAGUGUGAUCGGAUGGCUGUGGACUGAAAACAACGUCAAUCUGUCGGUGGCCCUCGUCGAGGAAGGUCUGGCGUCGGUGCACUUUACCGCCGAGAAGACGGAACACUACCGCGCACUCAGCGAAGCCGAAGCCCGUGCCAAGGCCAAGCGGAAGAACAUCUGGAAGGACUACGUGGAAAAGGUCGAAGAGGACAACAAGGAGAACGAAGACGAAAAGGAUGAUCCUGCUGCCCCGGCCGAUCGCAAGGUCAAGUACGAGAAUGUGGUGGUCACGGAAGUGACGCCGGAACUGCACUUCUACGCCCAGCAUGCCGACCAGGGUGCCAAGCUGGAAGAGCUGAUGACCAAGCUGCGCCAGGAAUUCCGUGCAAUGCCUCCGGUUACCGGUGCGUACAACCCUCGACGAGGCGAUAUGUGCGCGGCUAAAUUCUCGGAAGACAACGAAUGGUACCGUGCCAAGGUCGAGAAAAUCGAAAAGGGUGGCAACGCGUCCAUCCUGUACGUCGACUAUGGCAACCGCGAGACUGUUCCGACGACCCGCCUAGCAAUGCUGCCGCCUGCCUUCGUUUCGGACAAACCGUACGCGCACGAGUACUCGCUGGCGCUGGUGGUCCUGCCAACCGACGAGGAAGACAAGGCCGAUGCCCUCAAGGCGUUCGCCCAGGAUGCGCUCAACAAGACCCUGCAGAUGAACGUCGAGUACCGUGUCAGCGGUGCUGAGCAUGUGACUCUCGUUGACCCUGCCACCAAGGCCGAUCUCGGCAAGGAGCUCAUCAACGACGGUUUCCUGAUCGCCGAAAAGAACAAGAAGGAUCGCAGACUGCAAAAGCUGAUCAACGACUACAAAGAAGCCGAGCAGUCUGCGCGCAAGAACCGCAACGGCAUCUGGCAGUACGGUGACAGCACCGAAGACCAGGCCGGCGAAUUCGGCCUCAGCCGUUAAUCGGCUCUGCGGCCCUGCGCCCAACUAAUCGAUGAUCACACCUGCCCUUCAAGAAAAAAAAUAUAUAACAUAUAUUAUUACAAUUAUUAUCGAGAAAACAGAAAAUCCCACUAUAUAAUUGCGAGGAAAGAACACACACACAGAGAAGCAGACAAAAUCAAUCUAAUUAAGAUAUUAUUCCAGUUUAUAUAUUAUUAUUUUUUCUCCCGGAUCGAUAGAACCACACAAAACUUCCAAACAUCCACUAGUUAGCCGGAGAACAAGAACAGAUAGAGAGAGAGAUAGAAAUAAAGAUCCGACAGCAGCUCCCCAUAGUGUAGUACAUAAUCCAAGUUGUCCAGAUAGGUCCACGAAUAUCGGAAACACAAGAGUCACCUCUCGUCACCAACCGUAGCAGGCGGCGAUGAUUUCAGGGAAAACCAAUAGUGCAACAACACAGAAAACCGAAACAAUCAACCAUGGUUUUUCACCCAAAACCGGUAGCGCAACAGUUUUAGAAGACGCAGAACACACACGUAGUAGACAAACAAACACGACACGAUGUAUAACGAAGCAGGCAGGCUGCUUCCGCUGCGCGGUGGCGGUGGCAUGCAUUUUAGGACGGACAGUUUACAUCCAAGUAGGUCUCAGCUCUUUUGUCUAGCCCCUAGAGUUCCCAUCUUCUACCGCGACGGACGACCCCGAUAUCUAGCUUGAAAGAAGCGCCCGUACUAGUACCAUAACAGGCGAAAGACUGUUUUACUCAUUACCUAGUUGAAAGCGGAUAACGAAAUGCCCCCCCAGCAGAACACACUAAUUAACGCACGUUUAAUUAUUGUAAAAUCACACACCAUACGUAUGUAGAGAUCGGACCGGAAAGUGGAACAGAAGUGGAGCUUGUUAACAAAUUAUUGUCUUUAUUUUUUUUUAUUUUCUGCAUUUUUGCUUCCUUUAAGAAAAUUAUUAAGGCUUCUUAAUGUUAUAAUGGUGGAAAUAAAUUUUGUGAAACUUUUUUUGUCGAA